CCCAAUUGUGCUGUUUUCCUCAGUCGGUGCUGAACCACUGAAGGGAAUCCACCAGUCAGCCCGCCUCGAUUGCCUCCCCUCCCGGACGAAGCCACUGUGUCAGGAUGCACACCAUUAAGACAGUGGAGACCCAGGUGCCCUUUCUGAAAGAGAGCUUCUUCACCACCACUUUCAAAGGCCGAAGGAAGAGCAGCGUCACCAACCUCCUGCGUAAGCAGCAGCACUCACUCCUCAAUCAACAGCACCAGCAGCAACCGUGCGUCCGAGAGCGGCGGCAUCCUGACCACUUCCUCCCCCCUCCGCCCGAGGACGAACCGGGGCCGCGCACCCCGGGGCGCAAGCGACUUGUUCGCUCCACCAGCAGCCCGUUAUGCAAGACAGCCGAGCGCGCGAGAGCAGAUGGGGAUAGGGAGGAGGAGCACAAAGAGAGGGAGGAUCAGAGAGGGAGGGAGGACGCGCAGGGUCGCGGGGGAGAGCGAGGAGUGAGUGGCGGCGAGCCCGCGGCUGUCGGUGCCGGCCGCCCUCCCCCCCUCCUCCUUUCAUCCUCGGCUGAGCUGGGGGAGGCGGCGUCGUCGUUCUCACAGCUGCAUGGAUCUGUGGUGGGCAGGCAGCGGGGAUUAGGAAGCUCUGUCAGGGCCGUGACCGACGCAGACCCAUCAGCAUCAGCAGCAGCAUCAGCAGCAGCAUCAGCAGCCCGGGAGGAUGCCCAGCCUCGACCCCAGCAGCAUGGCCUGUUAGCCAAGGGUGUCCGCCUGCUCAGGAACAUGGGGAACCAGGACACGAAGCAGAAGAAAGCAGGAGGAAGCGGUGGAGCAGCAGGAGAUGCCUCCUGUGAUGCCGAUGCUGGUGAAAGGGAGUUGGAUAAGAAAGCUAAAAAGUCCCACAGUAAGAUAAGCAAAGGAGGAGGAGAACAUGGCGGUCGGAAGAAGUCAAAGUCGGAGUCGAAGGGUUCUGUGUUUUCCGGCAUUAAAAUCAGGAAGGGUCUGUCGAAGGCGAAGGGGUCGUCUAAAGAGGACGUGUUGGAAGAUGGGAGGCCAGGCCGCUUUGGUAAAGCAGGGCCAAAGCCCUUUGCAGAGGCAGGCCUGUCAGCUGAUGAGAUGCAUUCAGAUGUCGAGGGCGAUCUUUGCAAUUUCACUGCAGACAUUCAACAGUUUGGCGGGGAUGAGACUGGCCGAAAGACGAGCUCCGGGUCGGACGCCGACCUUUACAGUUUUCACUCGGCAGCAGCGGACACCGAAGACCUGCUCUCUGACAUCCAGCAGACCAUAAGAGACCAAUGUGUGGCCGGGGACAAGCUGGAAAUGGUGACUGGCUUCUUAUCCCAAGUGUCAACAUCUGAAAGGGACCAAGCCUCUCAGAAGGUAACGCCUCACCGGCAAUUUGAUCUGGAUGAGGACGCUUUCUCAUCCCUCGUUGAUGCUGCUGCACGUGUGCCUCAAGAAGUAGGCGAAGGGUGUGAGAACAUAGAGAACGAGAGCGCUUCUUCUGCUGCAGGGUCGCCGAGUGAAAGCGGCCCGACAUCUUCCGCCCCGGACAGCAGUGGGAGCCUUCUCCCGAAGACCAACAGCUCGUACAGCCUCCCUGACACCACAGCCACCAGCACCUCGUAUGAGAGCGCCGAAGAACACCAGGAUGAACUGGAGAGUCCUGAUCUGUCCCCACAGCGGCCUCAAGUCAAUCAGACGCCCCAGAGCAGAAGCACACGUGUGCCAAGUGUCCUCUUGGACCCCGUGGAGGCCGGGCCGAUGGGGUCGCACAAGAGCGCAAGCAGCAUGGACCUGUCUCUGGAGCGGGAGGAUGAGGAGGAAACUGGGAGACGGGACUUCCUGUCCCUGAGAAGGAGGAAGAGCAGCAUGUCUAUUAGUCAGCUCACUACGGACUACCACCCAAGACGGACCUCCUCCUCCUCCUCCACCACCACCUCGCCCUCAACUGUCAAACUCUACCCUCCAGUCCACCCCUCCUAUGUCAAGACCACCACCAGGCAGCUCACUUCUCCAAUCGGCUCCCCAAUUACCAGCCCCAACGUCCCGAGGAAAACAGAGGUCACUGUUGCUUCAGUCGAAUCCACCCAGGGGUUCAGGAGGCCCAAGCAGCGGUCCUGCUCCAUCGCUGGGCCCCCCGUGGAGUCUGCAGACUGGCUCACCGAGCUGGAUAAGCUAAGAGGGAGGCAGGGUGGCCGGGACAGAUUUCCAGAACGGGAAAUACCGGAGAGAGGUCACGCAGGCGGGCUGUACUGGACACUGGGCACCAGGAGAGCACAUUACGGACGCAAGACCUCCACCGCCACGGCGCCCUACCUGGAUGUCUUUUCCGGUCGCUCUCUGUUGGACCGGUUGUGUGUGCAUGGAGGAGACGUGUCUGCAGAAAAGGAUGCGAAGGAACUGUGUCACCGAAUGUUGGUCCAGGGUCUGCUGCACCCCUUCAGCGACAGCACAGCCAAGCUGCAGGGACACGUCGACGCCCCAGCAGUGUUUGAUGAGGAGCAGCUUUACACCUGGGCUUCUGUAGGCCUGCCCGUGUCUUCUCACCUGUGGGAACUCUACGGGGGGCGAACGUCAGGCAGAGAACAAAGUGCGAGGUCCCCUUUGCACCAAUCCUCAGCCAAGACAUCAGGAGCUCUAAACUCUCAGACAGAAUCCAGCGGGUUGAAGUCGGGUCCGUCGUCCCCAGAGGACGAAAGCCGCCUCAUCCCUGAGCUGGAGAGGACCGUCGAUGACCUGCGGGUCAGGGUCGCUGCGUUGCAGGGCCAGCGGGCCUCCUCGGCAAAGGGGGGCGGCGGGGGCGAUGACCCGGGAGCUCUGAGCGCUGCCCCCCACCACAAACCCUCCCAGGUGAGAGGAGGGAGACCGGGGAGGACGAGCCACGAGGCGUUCGUCCAGACCUCACCUGUGGGGGGGGGGUUUGAGUUUGACGUGCCGUUCGUCGGGGGGUCCGGCGGCGCUUCGUCCUCCGUCCCCGAACCCACGGAGAGCUUUGUCUGCACGUGCCAGCAGAGGCGUCAGAUCAGCACCCAUCAAGCCCCGACACCCCCACCCCCACCACCACCUUUACCGCCACCUCCACCAGGAGGUGUUGGUCCUCCUCCUCCUCCUCCGCCUCCCCCGCCUCCCCCGCCGUUCCCCGGGUUUGGACAAUGUCCCCCGCCUCCUCCUCCUCCUCCUCCUCCACCAGGUUUCGGACCACCACCGCCUCCUCCUCCCCCGCCCGGUUUCGGACCCCCUCCUCCUCCUCCUCCUCCUCCUCCGCCGGGUAUGGGCCCCCCUCCUCCGCCUGGAAUGGGCCCCCCUCCUCCACCCCUGCCCCCGGGCUUUGGGCCCCCGCCACCACCAGGCUCCACGCCGGCCACGAUGGCGCAGGAAGCCGCCCCCGCCAAGGCUCCGAUAGAGCCCCCCAAGCCGAUGAAGCCCCUCUACUGGACACGGAUACAGCUGAUUGCUAAAAAGCCCAUCGGCCCCUUGGUGUGGGAGACAAUAGAAGAACCGAGUGUGGACUUUAAAGAAUUUGUGGAACUUUUCUCCAAAAGUGCUGUCAAAGAGAAGAAAAAGCCAAUUUCAGAUACAAUCAGCAAGUCCAAGGCCAAGCAGGUGGUGAAGCUCUUGAACAACAAGCGUUCUCAGGCUGUAGGAAUUUUGAUGUCCAGCAUUCAUCUCGACAUGAAGGACAUCCAGAAUGCCGUGCUAAAUAUGGACAACGCUGUGGUUGAUCUGGAGACUCUGCAAGCUCUCUAUGAGAACAGAGCUCAAAACGACGAGAUGGAUGGCAUUAAAAAGCACAUUAACUCAUCCAAAGACAAGGAGGACGCCAAGCCACUGGACAAGCCUGAGCAGUUUCUUUUUCAGUUGUCCCAAAUCCCCAACUUCUGUGAACGAGUGUUCUGCAUCCUGUUUCAGUCGACUUUCCACGAAUGCAUCGCCUCAAUCGUCCGCAAAGUAGAAAUCCUUGAGAGGGUGUGCAAGACUCUGCAGAGCGGCACGUGUGUAUCGCAGGUGCUCGGCCUGGUGCUGGCUUUUGGUAACUUCAUGAACGGAGGCAAUCGCUCUCGAGGGCAGGCGGACGGCUUCACCUUGGACAUUCUGCCAAAACUGAAGGACGUCAAGAGCAGUGAUAACUCCCAGAGUCUUUUGUCCUACAUCGUUGCUUACUAUCUAAGGCACUUUGAUGAGGAUGCUGGCAGAGAGACGUGUGUCUACUCUUUACCCGAGCCCCAGGACCUUUUCCAGGCCUCCCAGAUGAAGUUCGAGGACUUUGAAAGAGAUCUCCGUAAGCUGAAGAAAGACCUCAAUGCAUGCGCAGCUCAGACGGAGAAAGUUUGCAAAUGUUCCUCUGAAGACAUUCUGCAACCCUUUAAGGGCAAGAUGGAGGAAUUUCUUGGCCAAGCCACAAUCGAACUGGAAACACAAGAGAAGCAGCUGGCAGACACUCAUAAGAUCUUUUUGGAGCUGAGCGUGUCGUUCUCGGUCAAACCCAAGGCAGGAGAGAAGGAGGUCUCUCCCAACACCUUCUUCUCUAUUUGGCACGAGUUUUCCACUGACUUCAAAGACCAGUGGAAGAAGCAGAAUAAGCUGAUGUUACAGGAACGGGUCAAAUUGGCGGAGGAGUGCUUCAAACAGGCCAAGGAGAAGGCGUCCUACAACGUGAAACCAAAACAUGCCACUGGAAUCAAAGCAAAACUGGGUCAGAAGAUCUGAAGCAAAGAAUGGAAAAUGAUCAUCACCCAGCCCGUUGCACAAGCACUGUCUGUACAAUCUGACGUUACUCAUUUUGACGGCGUUUAUCUGCUUCCGCGGUUUGUUUUCAAUCAAUUUAGACCUUUUGGUUUUUUGUGAGUUUGUUCAAUGUGGACAUUUUAUUGUUUAAAAGUGGAAUGAGGAAUUCACUUCUCAGCUACCCUUUCAUAGCUCUUGCAUAAUGAAAUGAAACUUUGCCACUAAAAGCGAUCCUUGAGCCGAGUGUAUCCAAUGCACGGUGGAGUCUGAAAGGUUGAGCAACACUACAUCCAACCGUACAAGCCAUAUGUUGCCUGCUUUCUUUAAGCGCAAUUCCAAAGCCUAGUUUAUAGUAAGAAUUGAGCCCUUCUUCUUUUAUACCUCCACAGAAAAUUGUAACAUUUCUACACGGUCGGCAUGGAUCACUUGCCAGACUGAAAGUGCCUUAUCGCGCAGUGGAGGGGUCCAAUCAGUGCUGGAGAUCGAAUUCUUACUUUCGUAGACGUAUCACCUGAAAUUAAAUGUUAAAUGUUAAAGGAGAAAUCAGUUUCACAAAUGACAACUUUGAGAUCCAUAAUAGUAAUGUAGAACCUUGCGAUUUCUGUAGCAGCUCCUAUAUUAUAGUGAAAUUCUUUUCAUCCAUAAAGGACGUGCAUACCUAUAAGUAUGACCUGGUGCAGACCUAAAAUUGUUUACUCUGCAGUGUCGUCAAAAUACUUAAUGUGAGGCAAAAAAAA